CGCCAUGAAGGUUGCAUUCGCUGUGCUAACCCUCUGCCUAGUGGCCCAGUUACCUUCAACCAAUUCCGCAGAGAGCUGUCUGAGGAGGCACAAUGUCACAAGCUCCCAGGUGGAGGCUGUGGCUCCCAAUACCCCCGUGGCCGAUAUUUCCUCAAAUAUCAAAUGCUAUAGCCUCUGUGUGAUCAGUGAUUAUAUUGGCAGUGAUAACAAAGUCGAUUUGCAAUUGGUAGGUACUCGAGCCAGUCCACAAGAGCAGCGAAUUUUGGUCGAGUGUAAAAAGCAAAUCGAUGACAACACAAAUCUGGAAAAGUGCGAUUAUGCCUAUCUGAUGUUACAGUGCUUGUUUUUGGCAAAAACAAAUGGAGGAAAGGCCUAAUGAGAGUCAUUAAUCACAUGAAUAUAUUAUAUAUGGUCGAUUUAUAUGCUAUAUAUUAAAAUAAUAAUUAUUGUAAAUGGUUGAAUGGAAUAAAUUGGUCAUUUGAUUAGA